ACUUCCGUUCCGUCCAAGUCUUGUUUGAAAGCUGAGAUGGAGUGCCUUGGGGAAUGUUAUGAGUGUUGCACAUAUUGAUCGGCAUGGGCUCCCGGUGGCGGCAAUUGCCACGCUUGGUUCAGAAAUUACGCCCGGCGGUUCCUCUGCUGCCAGCUAGCUGUCUCGGGCGUAAUCCCGUUAGGCUUUGGCACAACUCUGCUAUCAGUUACCGUCAGCUGCCAUCUGGCAAUGGACCUACUCGGGGAAAGAGUGGGACGGGUGCGUUGUCUUCCUGGGGGGCGGAUGACAACGAGGAGGGGAACGAAGACAACGACGACCUGGACAUAGAGGACAAGCAUUUGGAGGAAUCGAGGUUACCGCUUAUCACGCAGGAGACGCAGAGAGUGUUUAUUGUACACCCGGCUGUGAAAUGGGGACCAGACAAGCCGAAGCUGACCACAGCCGAACUGCAGCUAGCUGAAGCUGUUACUCUAAUAAACACCCUUCAAAACUGGACAGUGAUCGAUAAAAUCAUUCUGCCUAUACAAAUUCCUGACAAGAAAUUUAUCUUUCACAAAGGAAAUUUUCAACUUCUAACUGAAAGGAUUAAAAGAUUGCCUCUUGUAUCAUCUGUCUUUGUAAAUGUAGAAGUACUCUCUCCUGUAACUAAAAAAGAACUUGAAAAGGCCUGGGGCGUGAAGGUUUUUGACAGAUACACAAUUGUCCUUCAUAUUUUCCGAUGCAAUGCUCAAACAAAGGAGGCAAAACUCCAGAUAGCUUUGGCUGAACUCCCACUUCUAAGGACCAAUGUAAGAAAUGAAGUUACUCAGUUAGACCAGCAGAGAGGUGGCUCAAGAUACAUUAUGGGGUCAGGUGAAACCUUCAUGGAAAUUCAGCUUCGUCUCUUAAAAGAAAAAGAAGUUAAAAUUCGAAAGGCUCUACAGAAGCUUAAAAAAAAUAGGAGUUUACUCAGAAAACAACGGAAGAGAUGCGAGUUUCCUAUUAUUUCCGUAAUGGGCUAUACUAAUUGUGGGAAGACCACUCUAAUCAAGGCUCUCACCGGGCAUGCAAAGUUACAGCCUCGAGAUCAGCUUUUUGCCACAUUGGACAUUACAGCUCACGCUGGACACCUGCCAUCUCGGUUGACUGUUCUAUAUGUUGAUACUAUUGGAUUUCUCUCUCAGUUGCCCCACAAUCUUGUUGAAUCAUUUUCAGCUACAUUAGAAGAUGUAGCUUGCUCAGAUUUAAUUGUCCAUGUGAGGGACAUUAGCCAUCCAGAAACCAGCCUCCAGAAGAAAACUGUAUUAUCAGUUCUCAAGAAUCUUAAUCUUCCCAAUCAUCUACUUGAAUCAAUUAUUGAAGUACAUAACAAAGUGGAUUUAAUAGAUAGGUAUCAACCUAAAGAACAAAACGCUAUAACCACUUCAGCUCUCCUUGGACAUGGUUUAAAAGAGCUGAAAGAGGAAAUUGAGACAAGAAUUUUGAAAGGAACUGGGAAAAAAAUUCUGACAAUUAAAAUCAAUUUAUCUGGACCUCAACUCAGUUGGCUCUACAAAGAAGCAGUAGUACAAGAAGUUGUUGUUGUUCCUGAGGAUAAUACAGCUAAAGUAAAGGUCAUCAUAAGCGACGCUGCCUUGUGGAAAUACAAACGUCUAUUUCCUCAAUCUAGUUGUUUGUCUUGAAAGCAAGAACCUGCUUUGCCUCUGGGAGAAAGGUCCUCCAGCAAAUUUUUAAGAGACAAGAAGUUCAUCAGAGCUCCAGCCACAGUGAUGAGACUCCAUAGACUAACAGUGACUCCAGUGGACUUAAAAUUUAACACAUAGAUGUUUAUAUGAAAAUGUUACUGCUGAUACAAGGCUCUCAGUUUUUCAACAGAGUGUUAGAGAUGACAGUGAGAUGAAAGAUGUGCCAGGACAGUUUUAAGAUUUUGGUGGGGGAAAUGGGUUACCCAUGUGUGACAAUUAUAUUGAGGAGAGACUGAGGUAUGCUUAAUGCUAGAGAAUAUACUUAUAGGAGUACAUAAAGCUCUGUUGGCAUUCUGCUAA